AUGGAUCCCGAGACUACUCGGAUCGUGUUGAAGCUUCAACUGGACGACGUACACGCCAUCCUGAAGGCUUUGCCCAACACUAGCAACGAUGGUGCCGUCAACAGCGAGCGAGUCGCUUUCGCCGCGCUCCGCGAUGAGCUUACGAGGAAAUGGCAAGAGGUACACGGUCGUGUCUUCGCGCACAACAUGAUCAGGAAAGAGAAUGCUGGCCGAGAGUCGUUUCGGAAGCUCUUGAAUGAGGAGCAGCAAGCUGAACGUGACCAUGAUAUGGCUUGCACACUUGCUGGCCAGCCGGUACCUCAGCGUCCGGUGGUGUCAGUCGACAACGGCGUGCACAACAAUGCAGCAGCACAGAGGCAGGAACCCAUCGACCACCGAACGCUUGCCAGCAACAACCUCCGGUUCGAUCUCAGCGGUACUCAAAUCGCUCCCUCCAGAGUCGAGCUUCUCCACAAUAAGAAGCGUCCUGCUGAGGACGAUGCGAGGCCAACUUCAGCAUCCAGCAACUUCAAGCGUGCGCGUGUUGACGAUGUGGAUGACGAGGACAGAAACUCUAUCACGCCGUACACGCACAACUCUACACUCAAGAAGCGGACUGCUCGCGUUGAUCCAGCAACGCUCAGGGAGGAAGAUGACGGACGAACCAAGCGUACCAAGCUGGACCCUCAGGUCGACGCUGCUCCAGUUGCAGAUGCCACGCAUGUGCCAUCGUCUGAGACGGUCUGCAUAGCCGCCUGCAUGAAGUGUACCCAGAAGACGUGUGUCACAUGCAAGAAGAAGCAGCAUACUGGUCUCUGUCUUGAGGACCAAGACGUCAAGAAGCUCAUGGAAGUUGCAAAAGCCAAGCGCUGGAAGACUUGCCCAAAGUGCAAAGAGAUGAUAGAGCUCGAGGCUGGCUGUUACCAUAUCAAGUACGUAUACCCCCCACACGGUCACUACAUUCAACUGACUUCGAAGGUGCCGCUGCCAACAUCAGUUCUGCUACCUUUGUCUUAA